AUGUACUCUUCGUCGUCCUCUUCUUCCAAAUUUCUUCAAUUUCCGCCGGCGCGGCAACCUCCGACCACCAUACACACGGCGUCUCCAUUCAUGCUCCGCCGGAGCUCUUAUGGCUUCGGUGUGUUUCACAGGAAGCGUGCUCGUUUCAAGAGACAGAGUCGGAGCUUGAUUCUAGUAAAUUCCUCGUUUUUACCUCCGCCGUUCGAUGGCAGCGUUCCUAUCGAUUCCCUUGCUCUCUCUGUCGCCGGCUUCUCUUCCGGCUUGGCUGUUUUUAUCUCAUCAAAGCUAUUUGGAAGAUCUUCGGGGAUUAUCAGCGAUAGAAGAACGAGCACUGAGGAAGUCGUUGGUGAGUGGAUUCUCUUCACGAGCCCCACGCCGUUCAACAGAUUCGUCCUCCUCCGGUGCUCUUUGCUCUCGUUUUACCUUAGCGGCGGAGAAGGCGACCUUCCACAGAGCCUGAGCGAUAGGCUCGUCCAGGAAGAGAGGCAUUUCGUCACUCUGGACAAAGGCAAAAUCGUAUCGGCCGAGAGAGCUGCGGAGGAGGAGAAGCCGUUGGAGUAUCAGAGAGUCUGCAUCAGUACAGAGGACGGCGGUGUUGUUACCCUCGAUUGGCCGGCGGAUUUGGAUCUUAGAGAAGAGCGUGGGCUGGACACGACUGUGAUUCUGAUCCCCGGGACGCCGGAAGGGAGCAUGGACGACGGCGUUCGCUCAUUCGUAAGCGAGGCUCUGAGGCGUGGAGUGUUUCCGAUGGUGAUGAACCCUAGAGGAUGCGCUGGCUCGCCUCUCACUACACCUCGGUUAUUCACAGCUGGUGAUAGUGAUGAUAUAUCAACGGCGAUGCGAUUCUUAAGCAAGACAAGGCCAUGGACGACACUUAUGGCCGUUGGGAGGGGAUAUGGUGCGAAUAUGCUGACGAAGUACCUCGCAGAAGCAGGGGAGACAACGCCGCUUACAGCUGCUGUAUGCAUAGAUAAUCCUUUUGAUCUUGAGGAGAUGACACGGACGUCUCCUUUUUGUUUUAGCUUGGAUCGGCAGCUUACAGGUGGACUAGUUGAGAUACUUCUGGCAAACAAGGAGCUUUUCCAAGGCAGACCUAAAGCGUUUGAUGUUGAAAAGGCUUUGUCCUCAAAAUCAGUCCGGGAGUUUGACAAAGCCUUAUCCAUGGUGACGAAUGGUUUCGAGAGUGUGGAAGAUUUCUAUUCCAGUUGUGCCACCAGAGAUGUGAUUGGGGAAGUUAAAGUUCCUGUCCUCUUUAUACAGAAUGAUGGUGUAGUGCCGCAUUAUUCAGUACCACGCAGUUCAAUAGCUGAAAACCCAUUUACAAGCCUGCUUCUGUGCUCUUCCUCACCAAGUCUGACCGAUGGAUGUACAGUGGCCGUGUCUUGGUGCCAGGACCUUGCGAUGGAGUGGUUGACUGCUGUAGAGCUUGGGCUUCUGAAAGGUCGGCAUCCACUUUUAAAAGAUGUGGAUAUUACUGUUAACCCUUCAAAAGGCUUAGUUCUUUCGGAAGCCAUUGCACAUGAAAAAGGUAUCAAUGCCAAGAAGCUCCCGCCAGCAGCUCGGGGAAAGGUGGUAAACGGUUACCAUGUAGAUCCUUCCGGGGAAACACUUGAAGACAGUGACAUCACGACAAACUCUAGUUUGCCGUCUGGAACAGAGUUAGAGAAGAAUGUCAAAGUCGAAACUGGGUCUGAUGAACCAGAAAACGGUGGAGUUUCAGCAAAAGGACUUGUGGAUGUUGAAGAUGUGGAGCCCAGUGUAGAAGAAAGUGAAAGAGGCCAGAUGUUGCAGACUACGGAAGUGGUCGUGAAAAUGCUUGAUGUAACCAUGCCUGGCACCCUGAAAGCUGAAGAGAAGAAAAAGGUUAUGGAUGCUGUUGGUCGCGGAGAGACUGUUCUUACAGCUUUGCAAGAGGCCGUGCCAGAAGAAGUUCGUGGGAAGCUAACAACUGCUGUAACUGAGAUCAUGCAGUCACCUGCCAAUAAGUUAAAACUCCAAAAUCUUAAGCUUCCUAGUUUUUCGCCAGGAAUGAAAAAGGCGGAGGAAGCAAAGAAAGAAGCACCAAGUACCACAGAUAAAAAGGAUUCUGAUUCUCCUGAUUCGAUAAAUAAGAACGAUGGUUCGGCGAGUAGCUCGGACAAUCCGGAGCAUUCCUCUUCCGAGGCCCAGAAAGACGGUAAUAAUGGAAAGUCCCAAGAUGAUAGUUCUGUCCUGGCUAAGAAGGAUAAUGAUGAGCCAUCUGCUAAUGAAAAGACCAUUGCAUCUGAUGGUUCCGGGAAGGCUUCUGAAGCAAAGGUUGAUAGUACCAACCAGGAGCAGCCAAUUGGCACAAAGGAUGUAACUAGUGAUGAUGACAAAGUGGACCAAGGUUCUGUAAUAGCCAAGCAUCAAAGUCAGGAGGAAACUAAUAAAAAGGAUGAGAAAGGAACACCAAUGCCCAAUGAAAAUUCCAGUGCAGCUGAUGGUUCUGAAAAGGCUUCAGAUGCGAAAGUUGAAGACAAAGUGGACCAAGCUGCUGUAACUCAGCAGCAAAGAAAAGAGGAACCCAGUGGAAAUGAUGAGAACGCAAAACAGUCUGCCACCGACCAAGACAAGGUGGCAUCUACUGGCAACGAAGGAGAUGCUGGAGAAUCUUCAGCUUCACAGCCAGUAGAGAAAGUGGAAAUUGAUGAUCAGAAAAAAGAAACCGAAGUUAUGCAACCUGUAUCUGAGGAAACUACGCCAGCGGUCCAGGAACCAAUUCCGGGCAAGGCUAAUGUUUCCCAAGCAUUUGAAGCACUGACAGGAAUGGAUGAUUCAACUCAGGUUGCUGUCAAUAGUGUUUUCGGUGUGCUCGAAAAUAUGAUUACCCAGCUGGAUGAAGAAGGAAAUGAGGUAAGUAAGGAGAAAAAUGACACGGAUGAGAGGAAGGUCACAGAUGAGAAGAAUGUCACAGAUAAGAAUAUUAGGUCUCCAUCUGAAGAGAAAACUCCCAACAAGAAAGAAGCGGAAUCCCAAAUGUCCUCUGAAAAUUCGAACGAUUCAUGUAGUGUGUAUGAAACUGAAAAAGGUUCUGACAAUGAUAAGACAACUCGGGUGGUGAAUGAAAAGCAUUUGGGCGGAGAUGAAUCUGUGAAUGGUAAGCAACUACCAAAGAUUUUGCCUGCAAGAAAUACAGAUUCUCUCGAGAAUUCUUCUAAUGAUGACUACCUUCGGGAGGAACUUUCGGAAGAGCAGAUUGCAAAACAGUUAGACGUAGAUACGACCACUGCUCUCAUGCUUGAUUACUAUCCAGAGGAAGGUAAAUGGAAGGUCCUUGAUCAACAGGCGCCAGAAUACUUGAAUAACGUUGCUGACAAUGCAACAGCCAGCAGAGAUACGCACGGAAAUGGUCAGGUUCAUUCACCUGGUGUAAGUAAUGAACAGAACAUCAUUGAGCCUUCAUAUGUGAUAAUGGACCAAGAACAAGAGGUGGAGCUCUCUGAAAUGCACGAUGUUGUGGACGAUCAGAAUGGCGAUCUUCAGAAAUCAGAUGAAGAAUGUGGUGAAUUAGAGCACCUUAUCAAAGUUAUUGUGUCAGACUCUUUGAAUGUAGAAGUUCAACGCAGGGUGAGUUCAGCUGGCAUGAGACAGUUUGAGUCUCAACUUAGUCGAGAUAUACAAAGGGUGGCAAGUACACUUUCUUUUGCUGUUGUAUAUGAAGAGCCUACUUGGACUUUCAAAAGGAAUAGCAAAGACUCCGACAUUCCUGCUGGAAAAGUAGGUAAACUUCGUGGGGAUGCUAUCAUUAAAGCAAUUUCAUCUGCUAUUCAGGAUGCCCAUUUUCUCAGGAAAGUAUUGCCUGUUGGGGUUGUUGUUGGCUCUGUUUUAGCUUCUCUGAGAAAAUAUUUCGAUGUAUCCACAACAGCCGACAAUGCUAAGAGAGAUAUUGUCAUGGGUAGAGAACAAAAACAUAGGAACAAUGGUGCAACAACGAGUGUUGUGCCAGUCAAAAUGAAGCAGAAGAGCAAAGAGAAGAACCCGAGCAUUGGAGAAAUGGUGGAAUCUGGCCUGCAAAAUAUCAGCAAUGAGCCUGUUAUGGUUGGUGCUAUGACAGCUGCUCUGGGUGCAUCUGCUAUGUUGGUUCAGAACGAGGAUCCACAAAGCGGUGGCAUCAUGUCAAAACCACCAGGGAUAGAAAGUAAACAGAAAGAUCAGGGCGGUGUGGUGUCAAGUUUUGCUGAGAAAGCCAUGUCCAUAGCUGGUCCUGCGGUUCCAACAAAGGAAACUGGUGAAGUGGAUCAAGAAAGAAUUGUGACAAUGCUGGCAGAUUUGGGUCAGAGGGGUGGCAUAUUGAGGCUAGUUGGAAAACUUGCCCUGCUUUGGGGUGGCCUUCGUGGUGCUAUGAGUCUAACUGAUAGGCUAAUCCAAUUUCUGCAUAUUGAUGAGUGGCCCUUACUGAAGAGGGCGUUAGGCUUUGUUGGAAUGGUGCUUGUUUUAUGGUCACCUGUUGUGAUUCCAUUGCUUCCGACACUUCUCCAGAGCUGGUCCACAAGUACUCCAUCUAGAGUAGCGGAACUAGCUACUGUAGUUGGGCUCUAUGUUGCUGUUUUCAUUCUUGUUAUGUUGUGGGGAAAGAGAGUACGAAAGUAUGAAAACCCAUUCACGCAAUAUGGGCUUGAUUUCAAGGCAUCACCCAAAAAACAGGUUCUAGAGUUUUUGAAGGCGUUAGCAGGAGGCAUCACAGUGGUUCUAGUAAUACAGUUCAUAAAUACAAUAUUGGGAGCUGCGAUUUUAUCUCGGCCGCCUUAUCUUCCGCGUCCUUAUGAUGCCAUGAAGUUGCUCAAGGGAAGCGCGCAGCUGCUUCUGCUGUCUGCUGAUAGGGCUCGUGAGAGAAGCCAAGGGAAUCUGAUAGUGCCAAUUGGGUUGCGAACAGGAAUGAUAGCAGCAAGCUUUGUACUACACACUGGUGGAUUCCUCACGUACAACCCGAGUUCACCGGUUUGGACUGCAGGGAAACGUCCGUUACAGCCUUUUAGCGGAGUGGUCGGUCUUGGGGUCGCUUUUGCGCUAGCACUCGUUCUUUAUCCAAGACCUUCUCCAGAAACCAAGAUACAGAAAUCUAAUUAA